GCAAGAAGGGGGGGGAGGUUGUUGCAGGAUGCAGCAGCAGCAGAAACAGCAGCAGCAGGAAAGAUGGAUGUGAUGUAAAUGCAAAACCUACAGCAAGAAGCCCUGCAAGGAUUUUUUUUUGUGUGUGUGUGCAGAAGCCUCACCAUCUGCCCCUGUCCGAACUGCACAGACCUGGGCUUGAUGAAAAGACAGCAGCAUUUGCAAAAGGGAGGUUUGCCUAAGAGACAGCUGGAUGUAAGGCUGUGACAUCUGCCCGUUCUCUCCUUUGUGUGAUUCCCAGGAGAGGAGAAAUCACAGAUAUUCCUACUAUGGAGAAGAUGAAGGAUCCCAGUGUCCGGCUGUAAAUGGAAAUCUUCCCGGGAUUGAGCAUCGAGAGAUGUAGAGAUCCAGGAUCUCGCCCUGUAAUUCCUCACCUCACCUUGUUUUCUUAUUUCCUCGCCUUCCGUCCACUGUUGCGUUUUACUCUUCUAAUUCCCUAUUAAGCGGUGGAGGGAUGUUUGUCCAUACGUGGUGCGAUGUGAACAUGCUGAUUAUUUUCCUUGGGCUUCUGUCACGAGUCGUGCCUGAUUGAGGACACAAGAUCCAGGCUUUGGGAGGAAUUACAUCCUGUUCUUUGAUUAAAAAAAAACAAAAAAAACAACAGAUUGCACAAGGAGGGAACCGAGCAAGACGAUCGGAGAACAUAUGAUUACGGGAAGAACGACAUCUCCAGACUGCUGAGGAACCGGCGGUGCACCUGUCCUGGAUGAUUCGAUAGGGAGAUUUUUUUUUUUUUUUUAAGGAUUUAGAAGUGGUGGUCGUGGCUGCCGCUUCUCCAAUUGGCCUUAGGGUCUCUUGUCCAUGUUCUUCUGGGUCUUAUCAACCUCCAAUUUAUUGAAGGAACAUCUGGCCUGGCAUUGAUAACCUCCUUAAGAUGUAUUCCUAGUCACCGGUAGAUGUGGCGAGGUGCUCCGACUAUCUGGUUCUGGGGGCCUGGAAAUAAGAAGAUGUUGCCGUGAACUCGAAGGAAAGCGGAACGUAACCCAAAGAAGAUGAGUGUCGGCCAUGGUGGAUGGUCUUGAAUUAGCCAUGGACCUAGAAUCCUGGGUCUGAGAAGUUCGGAGAUCUUUCUGAAGGCAAUCUACCAGCAAUAUCAUUAAUGGCAAAGAUGCACCGGAAUCGGGCCUUUUCGGAGCCAGAGUACUCAGCCGAGUAUUCAGCGGACUAUUCGGUCAGCUUGCCCUCAGACCCAGAUCAUGGCGUGGGGCGGACACAUGAAGUGACGGUCCGAAGCUCGGGAUGCUGCCUCUGCUUGCCGAGGUUUAUGCGGCUGACGUUUGCACCAGAGUCAUUGGAAAACCUCUAUCAGACCUAUUUCCGUCGGCAGCGCCAUGAGACACUGCUGGUUUUGGUGGUCUUCGCUGCUCUUUUUGACUGCUAUGUCAUCGUGAUGUGCGCCGUGGUGUACACCCAAGACAAGUUGGCUUCGACCUUGGUGGCAGUGGUUGGGCUGUUGGCGCACCUUCUUCUGUUUGUCCUAUGCAAGUUUGGGUUGCUACCGGACCGCAUUUCCCGCAAGUUUGUCCCCUACAUCCUUUGGAUAUUGAUUGCCGCACAGAUUUUCUCUUACCUUGGCCUUAACUUUGCCCAUUUCCACGAGGCCAGUGAUACGGUCGGCUGGCAGGCCUUUUUUGUCUUCUCCUUCUUCAUCACGUUGCCACUGCGUCUCACCCCCAUUGUCCUGAUUACCACCGUGUCCUGCGGAAUACACACCUUAGUGCUGGGAGUCACCAUAGCCCAACAUCAGCAGGGUUCUAUGGAUACUAACGCGCUGUUACGCCAGGUCAUGUCCAAUAUAGCCAUCUACCUGUGUACAAUCACUGUCGGUAUAAUGUCCUACUACAUGGCGGAUCGUAAACAUCGGAAGGCCUUCCUUGAAGCACGUCAGUCCCUGGAAGUCAAACUGAAUCUGGAAGAGCAAAGUCAGCAACAGGAACGUCUCCUCCUCUCCAUUCUGCCCAAACACAUUGCAGACGAGAUGCUCAACGACAUGAAGAAAGACCAAAAACAGAAAGAGCUGCAGCAGUUCAACACCAUGUACAUGUACCGUCACGAGAACGUCAGCAUACUCUUCGCUGAUAUUGUGGGCUUCACACAGCUGUCCUCGUACUGCAGCGCCCAGGAGCUGGUAAAGCUGCUAAAUGAACUUUUUGCCCGCUUCGACAAGCUUGCAGCGAAAUACCACCAGCUGAGGAUUAAGAUUUUGGGUGACUGUUAUUACUGUAUCUGCGGCCUCCCGGACUAUAGAGAUGAUCAUGCUUACUGCUCCAUCAUGAUGGGUCUGGCCAUGGUUGAUGCCAUAUCAUACGUGCGAGAGAAAACAAAAACGGACGUAGACAUGCGUGUGGGCGUUCAUACAGGGACCGUCAUUGGAGGAGUCCUGGGACAGAAACGGUGGCAAUAUGAUGUGUGGUCCACCGACGUCACCCUGGCUAACAAGAUGGAGGCUGGAGGAAUCCCUGGCCGGGUGCACAUCUCCCAGAGCACAUACGACUGCCUGAAGGGGGAGUUUGAUGUGGAGCCUGGAGAAGGGGGCACACGGUGCGACUACCUGCGAGAGAAGGGCAUCGUCACUUACCUGGUGGUCUUCCCUAAGCAGCCAGUAAAUAAGAAUGGGAUAAAUGGAGUGAAGCUGUCGCUGACGUCAUCACACGGAAACUCGCCGCAGCUGAUCAACACCAAGGAGUGCAACGGCAGCAUCCACACCACCUGCACCACCCCGGACGAGAACGAGGAGCUGGACACCAGAGUGGUGAACCCAUCUUUCCCCAACCCCCGCAGACGCCUCCGCUUGAGAGACUUGGCCGAGAGAGUCAUUGACGCUCAGCAGAAUGAGCAGGAGCUGAACAAACUGCUGAAUGAAGCCUUGCUGGAGAGAGAGACUGUACAAGUCCUGAAAGGGAAGUACACCUACCGCCUGUCCAUGAGAUUCAUCAACCCGGAAAUGGAAACCCGCUUCUCCGUGGAGAAGGAGAAGCAAAGUGGUGCGGCUUUCAGCUGUUCCUGUGUUGUCCUCUUCUUCACGGCCGUGGUCCAGAUGCUCAUAGACCCCAUGUGUUAUGAAGAUGGGGCUUAUCUGGUUCCUUCCAAAUAUUCCAUGACAGUGAUGAUCUUCAUCAUGAUGCUCAGUUUCUACUACUUUGCUCGACAUGUAGAGAAGUUGGCCAGGACCCUAUUUUUAUGGAAGAUCGAUGUACAUGACCAGAAAGAGAAAGUCUAUGACAUGAGGCGCUGGAAUGAGGCACUUGUCACAAACAUGUUGCCUGAGCACGUAGCUCGCCAUUUCCUGGGCUCCAAAAAGAGAGAUGAGGAGCUGUAUAGUCAGUCGUAUGAUGAGAUUGGGGUGAUGUUUGCUUCGAUACCAAAUUUCUCUGACUUUUAUACAGAAGAAAGUAUCAACAAUGGAGGCAUCGAGUGUCUGAGGUUCCUCAAUGAGAUCAUCUCAGAUUUUGAUGCGUUGUUGGAUGAGCCUCAGUUUCGCUGUAUUACGAAGAUUAAAACCAUUGGAAGCACUUACAUGGCUGCAUCCGGAGUGACCCCAGACUCCAACACAAAUGGCUACAACAUUACUAUCAAGAAGGAGGAGAUCUCAGAUAAGGAACGUUGGCAGCAUCUCGCUGACCUCGCUGACUUUGCUCUGGCAAUGAAGGUGACGCUAAUGAACAUCAACUACCAGUCGUUUAAUAACUUCAUGCUGCGAAUAGGACUCAAUAAGGGAGGAGUUCUGGCUGGUGUAAUAGGAGCUCGCAAACCACACUACGACAUCUGGGGGAAUACGGUAAACGUUGCCAGCAGAAUGGAGUCUACCGGUGUUAUGGGCAACAUACAGGUUGUAGAAGACACCCAUGACAUCCUGAAGGACUAUGGUUUUCGUUUUGUCAGGAGAGGACCUAUCUACGUCAAAGGAAAAGGCGAACUUCUCACUUUUUUUUUGAAAGGACGGGACAAGCAAGGCUCCUUUAUUAACGGCUCUUCGGUCACUCUGCCCCACCAAGUGGUGGAAAACUCUUGAUCUGUAGAUCACACCUCAAGCAUAAACAUGAUGUCAAUGCAGACUGAUGUCUCAGAAAAGGAAGUACUACGUCCUUCACACGCCAGAGGAAUAAAUCAAUAAAAAAAAGGACAAUAUAGACUACAUAUAACCUAUAACUACAAGUUUCUUUAUUUCUGGAGUUGCCUUUUUAAGACUUUUCCGCUCAACAUCCCUUUAACUGCACGGGUUCACGAGAGACCAUAUCUUGAAGUCCAGCAGACCCAAAAGUGGAGGUUGGCGGCCGGUGGGCCUACGUUGAAUUUUUUUUAGAUAUCCUAGAGAAUGCAAAUUGGAUGCUUUACGACACGAUAUUUGAGUUUUAGUUAAAUGACUUCAACCGGGCUUUAGCCCCACGAAAAAGUACAAGAUGAGCACACAUGGUCAAAACGCGUUGGAACGUUUUAUUGGAGAAACACGAUAUAUCUUUCAGGGCAAUGGGACAGUCUCAAUUCCAAAAACGGGAUGGUCAAUUUACUGCUAGUUUACUGUGAUGAUAACAAUAACCUGCCCGUGUAGUUAGUGGCAAUGCAACGACGAGAGUGCAAUAUAUUUCAUUAUAUUUGGAGUAAAAAAAAAAAACUAAAACAAAAAUGACAAAAAAAUAAAAUAAAAAAAAGACAACAAUAUACAUAACACGUGACGAAAAAAAUUAAGAUUGAAAUUUUAAACCAUUUAUAUUUUUAAUUGUUGACUAGUAUUCCCCUUCCAGAUACUGCUUGCACCCCGCUCACUGCUGCUUAUCCCCCUCUCCCCCUUUAUCUCUCGCUUUAAAUACAACUUUCCCAGGACUUGAGGGAGGGGAAGAGACUGUUUUAUCCACGAUUUAACACGCCAGUGCUUAGGACAGAGCCGACGUCACUGAUGGCCUCUGUGAUUUCUAUUUUUCUUAACAAAAACACACACAAAAUAAUCUACUUUUAUACGCAGAAAACCCGCAGCUUAAAAAUAAACAAAAAACGUUGCAUUUUAUUACUAGGAACGGAAACGUACCGUAAGUAGGCACGGAGGUAAAAAGCAAAAAAAUAAAUAAAAAACAGGAAAAAAAAUAUAGCUAGGUGGUCUAUGGACAGAGAUCUACUUUAUGUGUUUUUUUCAAAUUUAUAUUUUUACGAAUGAUGAAUAUAUUAUAUAUAGAGGUCCUACCAAUGCGCUGUAUGACGGAACGGUACGUAGGGAUGGAGCUAGGAUCGAAGUCCUCUUAUAGAAUUUGUUCUGUAGAGUCGAGGUUCAUCACCUUGGCCAUAGAGGUAAUGGUCCAUCAAAAAAUUGUAUCCAACCAGGGGAAAUUUUGGGAAUUUUUUGUAACAUGGAUCAUCGUGACUUGUAUUCCCGUGGGGGCGAUAAUUCACUGUGAGCACUUGAUCAAGUGCGCUGGUCAUUGUCGGGUUGAUUGUCUUUUCGACCCUCCUAGAAAGUGAGCCUAGGGUGGUGGUGGCUGUAGAAGCCGGCGGCAAGAUGAAUGCAAUAUAAUAAUCCAUAAUUUAUUUAUAUCAACAGUGCAGGGAGUUCUUCACUAAUUGUAUAUUUGUGUAGAUAUGGAAAAGGUUAGCAUGCUCGGUGCAAUAUAUUCGUAAGUCGGAGAACACUUUCAUGUUAGGGAGGGGGUCACUCGUAGCACUCAUCCAGUUAGGAUAGCACUAGUAGUGAUUAUCUUAGGCUUGGUGAAGCCGGGGCUGGACACUGGUUUCUACAGAGUGCUGUUACGAGGCAGUAGGGAAAUUUUGGCCCAUAGACUUGCAUUGACUUCCACCAUGGCAGACGGUCACGCUCUGUUAGAACCCUCACGUCAUGCAUGUGCUCCUGUAGCAGUAGAUAUUACAUGGUGCAAGAUUGUGAUUCAUUGAGUCCCACAACGUGUGCAGCUCAGUAUGGCUGCAGCCACUGCCCAGAACAUAAGGACCUGGUGUAUGUUUCCAUUCCACCCAUUUCCAUGACCCUUGGGUCAGAUCACUGCUCCUUGUUUCCUACUACCGUAGAGAAUCCUGCACGUUCAUUACCCAACAGCAAAUAAUUGGAUGAGACCAAAUUGGUGCUCCGUGCGACCACUAGGGGGCAGUGUAUUUAUUGGCAGCUCCUAUUCAGGGCAAUACUAGCAUUCAUUAUACAGCAUCAUGCAGAUUGCCUCCUAGUGGCCAAAAUGAGCAUUACACAUUUGAAUGCAGAUUGCCACCUAGUGGUCGAGGAGUGUUAUACAGCUGUAUGAAAUUGCCCCUGGUGGUCAAUAGGAGCAUUAUACAGUAAGGUGGAUACAGUAUGUGGACUGUCAUCUAGCGCUCAAUUAAAACAUUAUACAGCUGUAUGCAGACUGACACCUAGUGGUCAAUAGGAGCAUCAUACAGCUGUAUGCAGACUGACACCUAGUGGUCAAUAGGAGCAUCAUACAGCUGUAUGCAGACUGACACCUAGUGGUCAAUAGGGGCAUCAUACAGCUGUAUGCAGACUGACACCUAGUGGUCAAUAGGAGCAUCAUACAGCUGUAUGCAGACUGACACCUAGUGGUCAAUAGGGGCAUCAUACAGCUGUAUGCAGACUGACACCUAGUGGUCAAUAGGAGCAUCAUACAGCUGUAUGCAGACUGACACCUAGUGGUCAAUAGGAGCAUCAUACAGCUGUAUGCAGACUGACACCUAGUGGUCAAUAGGAGCAUCAUACAGCUGUAUGCAGACUGACACCUAGUGGUCAAUAGGGGCAUCAUACAGCUGUAUGCAGACUGACACCUAGUGGUCAAUAGGAGCAUCAUACAGCUGUAUGCAGACUGACACCUAGUGGUCAAUAGGGGCAUCAUACAGCUGUAUGCAGACUGACACCUAGUGGUCAAUAGGAGCAUCAUACAGCUGUAUGCAGACUGACACCUAGUGGUCAGGAUGUGCCGUUUCUUCUCUAGUCACAUCCAAAGCUGCAUUUAGAAGCAUACUUCACUCUCGGUUUCAUAGUGUAUUAUAGGAGAUGUAGUGCUUAAACCUGUAGAUCAGUGGUUCUCAACUCCAGUCCUCAGGCCCACCUACCGGUCAUUUGAGAAUAUCCCACAGAAUGGAUACCUUUGGUAAAUCCUGAUGCAUGGACACCAAUUAUAACACCUGCUCAAUACUAAGGAAAUCCUGAUUCCCGUUGGAGCGUAUGGGCUCCCUCUGUAGUUCACAUAGCCUUAUCUACAUGUCGAGAAAAGUUGUAUCAUGCAGGAGAACUAAGCCAUGCUGCAAAGGGUGCGUCUGGCAACACAAGUGACUGCAGCAGAAUUCUAAAUGCAGCUCUGAAGGUGACUGGAGUAAAAGACGUGGUCACACCAGAUAAAUAAAGCAAUGUUUUGGUCAACCUCAUGUGGUGCUCCAACCUGUAAAAUAAUGUUCAAAAAAUGGAGCUCUGCUUAAAAAAAAAUGCUGAAUUUGAUCGCUGUGAACCGCAUGUUGGAUUGUAAGCUCUUCAGGCCAUAAAACUAUUAAAUGAUUGAUGGAUGGUUCCCAGUUGAGUGUGUUGAUGAAGGACACAUCAAGAUCUAUUCUCUGGUGAACGGAGUAGGGAUGUGCUGGAUCGCAGGGAGGGCAAGAGGGGUGAAUGCCCAGGGUUUUCCACCACCUAGUGGCCUCCAAUGAUCUAAUGUUUAGGUCUGGGUUAUGUUAACCAUGCAUUUUCACAUCAUCAGAACGAGGGGCCCCACCCAAUUUUUUUAGCCCAUGGGACCUUCACCAAGCUUGAUCCUUCCCAGAGCAUGGGUCAUCUUCAACUUGAGGAGUGGCUCAUGGUAUACUUAUCCUCCAGGGUUCAGACCGUAUGCCUGUCUAAUUGUAGAAAGUUGAUCUACAGAUGUUGAAGGACAUCUUGGUGGAGAAGUAGGAGGCAAACAAAAAAACCACUCAGGUUGGCUUUACAUUGCCUGAUACUAUGUCCCUAUGUUCAGGUGGGAAUCCGUCCAUGUGGGGAGAUGGUCUGAGGCACAACGUAAUGCCUAAGUAGGUUUUCUAGCAGACUGGUUCUCAGUGGUGGACAUAUGUUCUUGUCUGAUGGUGAAUAAGGGUCCAUAGAUGAGGUUGAGGUUUCAGUAGAGGCAAGUGAUGGUUUGCAGAGGGUAAGGUUUUCACGAAACAGUGGUCAAUAGGUUUCUUGUGUCUGAUGGCUCUCCGGAAAACAGGUUUUACCGUAGGGAUGAGGUAGUUACACAGGAGGAAGGUAAACAUUCGAGAGGUAUGUCUCUAGCCAAGCAAAUGGACCAAAGAUGACCCCAAACAUAAGAGAGAAAGUCUCCAAAGUAAACAUUUUUGAAUGUUUUUGUUUCCCAGUCGCCGGCUUCUCUGAGUCGAUUAUUCUCUUUGCCCAAGAUGGUUACUGAUUGGCCGUGUACAGUGAUCCUCAGGGGAGUGGAGUUAUUGUAGGAAGCUGGCGCAAAAUAGUUUCAAUGGUGCCCUGGUUGACAUUGCAGUUUUACGAGGACUAUCCUGCCCCACGAAACACAUAUCCGCUCAAAAGAAAGACAUUUUAUUUCAAGAUUGCAAAUAGGUCGACAAUCCCUAAAAAUAAAAGCGGACGUACGAUGAGUAAGAAUUUCACGAUGGGGGCCAGUCUCUGAACCAAAGGAACUGCCACGGGGUAAAACGCUACUGUUGUAGACUCACUUUCCAGGCAGCCUACUGACGCUAGAGCUGGUGCGCCAAUAUCACUGGUUAAUGUCAGGGGAGGAACGAUGUGGCACUUUAAACUACGUUCAUUCUUUUCGAUUCACAUCUGUUGUCAUUUUUUUGGUAUUUGCUUUUAAUAAACUGCACUCUUGCUAUAAUUUACUUCGGUCCGUACUGAUUCUCAG